GUUGCACCACCAUUGCCCGUUUCCAUUGACCUUUACCGACACGUGUAGGUAACCCUUCGCUUUGACAGCACCAUUUCUCCGCUGCAUUGUUGUUCUUCUUUUCUCGGUAAAGAGUGAGCUAGGAGGGGCUUAAGGAAGGAUUUAAAAUCCCUCCUAUUAUGUGGAUCGGAGCUGUGGCUAACGAGUUUCGAACUCUCCUCCUCCUAAUUGUUUUCUCACCUAAAUGGUAGAACAAAAUUUGCCGAUUUGCAUAGAAUCAUCCGGCGGUUUUGCCCGUCGAAUUGAUCGAAAUCUCGACAAUUUGACAGGAAAUCUUGCAAUACUGGACAUCGGGAGAUCCGAGUAAAGAUAAUUCAUGGAUGGCAAUAAGGAUGAUGCGCUCAAGUGCCUGAAAAUCGGCAAAGAGGCGCUGGCCGCUGGAGAUUCACAGCGCGCUCGCAAGUUUCUGUCGAAAGCCUGUCGCCUUGAUCCGUCUCUGGAUGUCGACGAGCUUCUGUCAGCCUGCGACGGAGAAAAUGGUAAGGAAUCCUCUAACACAGAAACCCCAGUUUCUAACAAUGAAAAUAUUCCACCAAGGCGUGAGAAUUCUGGCGGAAACUCUAGCGGUGGAGGGUCUAGAGGGUAUAACGAGGAGCAAUUGGACAUUGUUCGCCAAAUUAAGAGGAAUAGGGAUUAUUACGCCAUUUUAGGGUUAGAAAAGGGUUGUUCUGUCGAGGAAGUCAGGAAGGCGUACAGAAAACUUUCGCUUAAGGUGCACCCAGACAAAAACAAGGCCCCUGGUUCCGAGGAGGCCUUCAAAGCCGUCUCCAAGGCGUUUCAGUGCUUAAGUGAUGAAGAAAUGCGCCGGAAAUAUGAUGUGUCGGGCCCCGAGGAGGACUUCGAAAUUGCGCAUCAACAUCAACACUUUGCCCGGAGACGCAGAACUCAUCAGGGUUUUUAUGACGAAGGGUUUGAUCCUGAUGAAAUUUUCCGGCAAUUCUUUUUUGGUGGGGCGAGUCCUCAGGCAGAUUUUUUCACCCGCGCCCACGUUGCUAGAACGCGGGCGGCUGCCGCCGGUGGCCGGACGCAAGAGGGGGGUUUCAACUUGUUCACCCUCUUGCAGGUUUUGCCGAUUUUGUUCCUGUUUUUGAUCACUUAUUUGCCGCAUUCCGAGCCUCAGUAUUCUCUGGAGAAGUCGUAUCCUUAUCAGAUUCGGAAAAUUACAAAAGAAUUCGGUGUGCAGUACUUUGUUAAGUCUCCUGAUUUCGAAAAGGAGUUUCCGCCUGAUAGCACGGAACGGGCGAAUCUUGAGUUUCAGGUUCUCAGGGACUAUAAGGGGCUUCUUAUCAGGUAUUGUCAAGUGGAAUUACAGAGGCGCCAAUGGACGGGACAAAAGGAAACCCCAUUCUGCGACAAGCUAAGGCAAUUCGAAAGAGUUAGAUGAAUCUCUUCUCUGGAGCAGCACAACAUUGGAGCUUAUAAGAGGAGAAGAAGCACUAAACCGGAUGACAUUCUAAGGAGACAUUGCACCAAUCAGCGAUCAUAAGAUCUGCGUGGAAUUAGGGAUAAAUACCUAAUAUGGGUUAAGGAAACACAUACUUCCUGUAGCAGCAGGAUUGACCUUUCCUUUGCUAUUGUCUCUUGAUACAGCAAAGCAGAAGUAUUGGGUGAAUAAGGGAGACAAUCAUUGCUUAGUGUAAGAUUGACCUCAACCUAUGGAAUCCAACCAGCUUGUGCGUGAGAAUAUCCAGUAUUGUCUGAGAUCAUAUAUGCCAGUCCCAAAGUGCUCCAAUUGACAUUCAAAACAAGCCUGAUCUAGUGUGAAGCGGCCAUACCUUAGGGAGCAAAUAUGUAGGUUCCUUUAAUGCUUAUGAGUUUAAAAUCUAAAGCAUUCUCAUUUUAGCUAUUGUGUUUAUUUGUAUGGGAUUCAAUAUUGUCCUUUUUGAGAAAAGAUUGUAAUAUGAAUAUUAUUCUAU